AUCAACUACAAAUACAAUUAAUAUAUUUAUUUAUUUAUUUAUUUGUUUAAAAAAAUGACAGAUCGUCCUUAUCAUUAUUUCUGGAUUAACAGAGCCCACAAUCCUCACCCAAGAGAAUUUAUUGGUGGUUAUCAUACUGGUGCAGUUUGUGAACAUAACCACAAAGGAAAAUUAGUUCCAAUGAAGAAACAUAUGUUAUUAAAAGACUAUCGUGGUACAAAAGACCCAAGAGAAUAUAGAAACACUUUGUAUGAUAAUCCAAGCCUUCAUUUACUUGGUUAUCAUGAAAGAAAAUACCUAUUAAAAGGUAGAGAAUACUUUGUUCCAACCUAUUAUGAAAAACCAUAUUACAUUGAUCAAAUUACAAUUCAUGAUACCAUUACCCGUUCAGAUCUUACUAGAAGAAAUAUUAUGAAUGCCCAUGUAUUGGCCCAUAGAUUGGAUGAUAGAGGCAAAUACUCUUACAGAGAUGAACCACUAUAUGCCGAUAAAAUGAAGAAAGAGGCAAUUAAAGUUAGUGUUAAUCAAAAGAAGAAUGAUUACAUGGCCAAGAAAUCAGCCAUUGAAAAAGAAGGUGAACUUAGAGCUAUUGAUAGAAAUGCUUCCCUUAAGACUAAACCAGUUAAUGGUCCAAUUUUACGUGAAGAACCAAUUGAAACUACUACUUAUAUUGAAACUAUUUAUGAAACAGUUCCAACUAAAGAAGAAGUUAUUGUUGCCCAACCAAUUCCAUCACAACAAACCACAACCACCACAACUACCACUGCUCCAAUUUACAAACAAGAGGAGAUUUUAGUACCUGUUAUUGAAGAAACUGCCCCAGCUCCAACCAAUGUCAGUUACACUGAAGUCACUAAUGCUCCAGUUAUGAUGACAUCAUCUGAAUUUGGUGGUUCUUCAUCUGGUAAAAAGGGUAAAAAGCAAAAAUUCAAAAAAGAAACCAUUAUUCAAAAAUCAAAUGAUGGGGGUAAAUCAUGGACCAAUGAUUCAAAAUUAGCAAGUGAUAAAGUUGAAUUUAUUGAAGAAACAACCACAACCACAACAACAAAUAAUAAUUAAAAACCAUAAUUCCAAAUUAUCUUUUUUUAAUUAUUAAUUUUCAAAUUAUUUAUAAAAUAAAACUAAUAUUUAAAUCUUUUUUUUAUAU